AUGAAUGCUGAUGAGAGUGGUAUCACGUCAGGACUGGCCCUCGGAAGCUGUGAGGUCUUUGAUUUCGGCCAUGGAGUGCCCGCAUCCUGGUUCACGAAUAACGAGGAUAAGAUAAUGGUAACCUCAGUGAAGUCCCGCACAGCAAUCGAAACGACUCCUGUAUCUGUGGAACAGAACAGUUUCCCCUCAGUGGAAAAUACCCCAAAAGAGGGGUCUCCCGCAGAAAGGGCUGCGAUAAGUGAGACAGAACAGGGAAGCGACACUUCCGGCCGCGGGGCGGCACAUCGACAAGAAACGCAUCAAGCCGAAGAUGAGCGAUUCUUGGAUUUGCUCCAGCAGUUGAAUGAGAAGAAUGCAUUUAAUUACGGAGGGGAAAAGUCUGGAAAUUGCUGCUGCCGCGCCUGCUUGCUCACGGAUGCGCGCAGAGAGGAGUUGCUAACGGUGCGUAGAAAAGACUGGUUGUGCUGCUAA